ACUGGCAGGCGCUGUCUCCGAAUCGCAGGCAGAGGAGCUGAGGGAAUUGAGGGGCGGCAUCGCUAUCGUAUGAUAUUUUCGACCUGGAUGUUUCUUCAACUGUCUUGUGAUGGAAGGGAAGUAUUUUUGAAGUUAUAAUGGAUUUUAUGCCACAUCAUAACGAAAACUGGCCUUAUAGCAGCAUUUGUGUUUGAAGAGAAUAGGCAUAAUUACAAAUAAUCAUGACAACUUCUCAUAUGAAUGGACAUAUCACAGAAGAUUCCGACAGUGAAGCAAAAAAUGUGGAUCUUGCAUGUCCUGAGGAACCUCAAAAGCACAGAGAAAUGGCUGUUGAUUGCCCAGGGGAUUUGGGCUCCAGGAUGAUGCCCAUGCGGCGGAGCGCUCAACUUGAGCGAAUUCGUCAGCAGCAGGAGGACAUGAGGCGCAGACGCGAAGAAGAGGGAAAGAAACAAGAACUGGACCUUACUGCUUCCAUGAGGCUUAAGAAACUGGCACAAAUCCCUCCUAAAACUGGAAUAGAUAAUCCAAUAUUUGACACAGAAGAAGGAAUUAUUUUGGAGAGUCCUCAUUGUACUGUGAAGACACUAGAAGUGGAAGAACUAUUAACUUCUCUUAAGCAUAUCCAGCACGUUUUGGUAGACCCUCAGAGCCAAGAGGAUAUCUCUCUCAUUUUACAGCUUGUUCAAAAUACUGAUUUUCAGAAUGCAUUUAAGAUACACAAUGCUGUUACAGUGCACAUGAACAAAGCCAGCCCUCCAUAUCCUCUUAUCUCCAAUGCCCAAGAACUAGCACAAGAGGUACAGAGUGUUUUGAAGCCCAGUCACCACAAAGAUGGGCAGGAACUUAAUGCUUUGCUGAAUGCCCCUCAUAUGCAGGCACUCCUACUGGCUCAUGAUAAGGUUGCGGAACAAGAAAUGCAACCAGAGCCAGUGACAGAUGAGAAGAUUUAUGAGAACGUUGGCAUGUAUGGAGGGGAGACGGUUAAAAUAGUUCGUAUUGAGAAAGCUCGAGAUAUUCCACUGGGUGCCACUGUUCGCAAUGAAAUGGAUUCUGUCAUCAUUAGUCGAAUAGUCAAGGGAGGCGCCGCAGAGAAGAGCGGACUGUUACAUGAAGGGGAUGAAGUUCUGGAGAUUAAUGGCAUUGAGAUUCGUGGAAAAGAUGUUAAUGAAGUUUUUGACUUACUGGCUGACAUGCAUGGUACUCUGACCUUUGUAUUGAUUCCCAGUCAACAGAGCAAGCCACCUCCUGCAAAGGAGACAGUUAUACAUGUGAAAGCACAUUUUGACUAUGAUCCCUCUGACGAUCCUUAUGUCCCUUGCCGAGAGUUAGGCCUAUCUUUCCAAAAAGGAGAUAUACUCCAUGUGAUCAGCCAAGAAGAUCCCAACUGGUGGCAGGCCUACAGAGACGGAGAUGAAGAUAAUCAACCAUUGGCAGGCCUUAUACCUGGAAAAAGUUUUCAACAGCAAAGAGAAGCAAUGAAGCAAACCAUAGAAGAAGACAAGGAGCCAGAAAAAUCAGGAAAACUGUGGUGUGCGAAGAAAAAUAAAAAGAAACGAAAGAAGGUUUUAUACAAUGCAAAUAAAAAUGAUGAUUAUGAUAAUGAGGAAAUACUGACCUAUGAGGAAAUGUCACUGUAUCAUCAACCAGCAAAUAGAAAAAGGCCUAUUGUUCUGAUUGGCCCACAGAACUGUGGCCAAAAUGAAUUGCGUCAGCGACUCAUGAAUAAUGAAGUAGAUCGCUUUGCCUCUGCAGUUCCACAUACUACUCGGAGCAGGCGAGAGAAUGAAGUAGCUGGGAGGGAUUACCAUUUCAUUUCCCGACAGGCGUUUGAGAAUGACAUAGCCGCAGGGAAGUUUAUUGAAUAUGGAGAGUUUGAGAAGAAUCUCUAUGGUACUAGCAUAGACUCUGUGCGGCAAGUAAUCAACUCUGGCAAGAUAUGCCUUUUAAAUCUUCAUACCCAGUCACUGAAGACUCUACGCAAUUCAGACUUGAAGCCAUAUAUUGUAUUCAUUGCACCACCUUCACAAGAAAGAUUACGUGCUUUAUUAGCCAAAGAAGGGAAAAAUCCAAAGCCAGAAGAACUGAGAGAAAUCAUAGAGAAGACGAGGGAGAUGGAACAGAACAACGGCCACUACUUUGAUACAGCAAUUGUAAAUUCUGAUCUUGAUAAGGCGUAUCAGGAGUUACUUCGGUUAAUAAACAAACUUGACACAGAACCUCAGUGGGUGCCCUCUACCUGGCUACGAUGAAAGAGAACAAUUCUAAGGGACAAACGGACUUCGAUCUAGCAGCCUUUCAAAGGAGAUUGUGUUUAGGUCUACCCAUUUCUAAUAACAGAUGGGAGUGUAAGCUCUAGACCUUGGUGGCUAUAUCCUUUGCCAGUGAAAUUCUGUAUUACUGAAAAAAUCCACUAAUCGGCUUGUGAGCUGAUUUAACUAAUUUAAAGAUUGUCUAAGUUUCCUUCUCUGUGGUCUAAAAAUGGAGACGCUUGAGUCAGUACUAAAUUCUAAAGCUUUAGACAGAUUUUUCUAGCAACUACUUUUAUACAUAAAUACACCAUAUUUUUAACCUAGAAUCACUCUUAUAAAAUUAAAAGAUUUGAAGUAUGUGCGUGUGUGUGUGUGUAUAUAUAUAUAUAUGCAGUCCACGUUGUCACAUAGUUAUAACUAUUAAUGUUAUUUAACACUUAACUUAAUGACUUUGUGGGACAUGAUGGUAGUUCAGGAGUGUAAUUUUACAGAUCAUUGGGCAGAGAAAUAAUCUACACAUGAAAUGCUGAUGAGAAAUUUUUCCUAUUUUAAAAAUAUACAAAAUGAAGAUGUCACUCUGAUCUGAAGCUGCCCUGAGAGGCUUGAAUUUAUUUUUUACUUAAAAAAAACAUUCCACUUUCUAAUAGCACUGUAAUUCGAAAAUGUGUAUAGUGUAAAUAUUUCAAUCCUUGGGUCUUUUUAGUCAGGCUUUGUAAGUCACAAACAGCUGCACAUUAAUUUUUGGUCCAAUCAAAGAUGAUUAUUAUAUUGAUCUUUUAGAUGUGAUCUUUUUAUGGAAUUUUCAUUAAAACUUAUUGACUGAUUGGAGCCACUGUUCUCCACAGAUCUGUAGAGAUAUUUAAAAAGGCAAAGCUUAUAUUUUUAUGAAAAAUACAUAGUUAUAAAACAUGCUGAUUAAGAAGCAACAGAUUCUCAUGUUUUAUAACAAAGGAUACUGACUAAAACAGAAGGAUGUGCUGAAUAUUGAAGAUGGUGGGGGUGGUUCUCUCUGGAAAAGGUUUGUCUUGUGGCUGUUGCUCUAAUGGAUAGCUAACUGGAAUUAAAAUAGCUGAAUGUAGCUACUGUAUUGUAAACUAGUAUUUUAAUUCACCAGCGAUGUAUUGUCCUGCAUUUGCUCAGUACUGCAGGAAAAAUGUGUAAAACACUGGCAACUGACUGAGACGUCACAAGAAAGGGAAAUAUUUGGAAUUGUUAAAACAAACAAACAAAACUUGAAACAAGUCAACAGAAGGCAAGGUCUGUCUGUAUCCUAGCAUGUUCUGCAAACACAGAUCACAACAUCUCUACAUCCUCAAAUAAUUACCUGAGCUGUGAAGGUUUAACUAACUGAAGCUCUGCAUCUGCAGUAGGACUGCUCAGUCGCUGAAGCUAACUGAAUAGUAGUGUCUUGGCUGGUUUGCUAAUAGGUAGCAUGAAGAACCUUGAAUGUGAAUGUUUCUCUUGAUUUUUAGCCAUAGCAUUUCCUUGUUCCUACAGGUAAAACACUGGAGUUAUGUCAAUGUGUAGUUCACUCCUGUCUAAUGCUGAUGGUUAAAAGGUAGUUGACUUUUUUCCAUACUGUCUUGCAUAUAUUUUUUCUUCAAGCUUUGAUGGAACAAAUUCAUACCCAUAGUUGAAUAGAGAGCACUAAGUAUACAGCAAAUAUAAGAAGUUGCAUCAGAUCACUUUGCUAGUUACUGAACUAAUGUGAUGUACUGAAAAAUGAAAGUAUAGAGUGCAUUCCAGUGUUAUAGCAAAAGUAUUUGCUGAUUUUUUUUUUUUUUUUUAGCCCUAAAAACAAUUAAAAUACACAAUUAGGCAAUUAGUGAGGCUAGGUAGUGACCCUUCAGAAAGGAAAGGGGUUGGAAACUUAUCUUCAGUUCAUUUCAGUGUUAGAAAUUAUUUAAUAAUGUUCUAUCUGUUGCCUAAGGGCUAGAGAUCCAAAAGUAUGGCUUUUUGCCUCACAUUGCAGGCAUGUUCUCACUUUAAUCCUGACUUUUGUUAUGACAGCUAGAACAUUCGGUUAUUUUGAAUAGUCAGUGUUUCAUAGAUGGCAGAACAUCAGUUCUGCCCCCCCCUUUUUUUGAAAGAUGAUGAUUGUAGAUGUUUUAGGCUUUGUUAUUGACUGUGUCACAGUCACAGACAAGAAGGCAGAAAGCAGUAAAAUGUGACAAGGAUGACCUAGCUCAGCUAGGUAGGUAUUGUCCAAAUUGUUACAGUCACAAUCAACAUAGGAUAGUUGCUCUGUCCCCUUAUAUAUUCAGUGUUAACAUGCAGUGUCAGUCAUGUUAAAUCAUGCAGUUAUUGUAUUUGACUAAUUUUUAUCUCCCCAAGUUUUUCUGAAAUGGUGUACAAAAGUUAUUAGACAAAAAAGCUUUUGAAUGUAAACUUCAAGAAUGUUGCAUUAAGUUCAUCUCUACUCUCUUAAUUACCAGGACACACAAUAUAUUGACAUCCAUAUAGAGAGGUGCUAUGAUAGCUAAUGUAGUUUUGUCUUCAGCUGAAAGACUUGAGCAGCACUGAGAAAUGUACCAGCCUGUCCAUCUGCCACCAGUUUGAAUCUACUUUUUUUUAAUGAAGACUGUUAACUCCCUUGAGGGUAAAGUUUAUGCAAUCUUCACUGGUGAAACACUUUAACAUUAUCACAGGCUUUGUAGUGAGCUGUACCAAACUGAAAGGAGGGUAUCAGUAUUUUUACCAGUCCAGAUUUAUUUAAAAAUAAACUUAUUAGCCAAACUGCAUAAAGGAAUUUUUGAAUGUAAUUAUGUGGCUUUUUAAAGUAUAGAUGGGGGUUUAAUGCCUUAAGGUAACUUUACUGAGAGCUGUGCUUGGCCCACAUUGUACUUUUAUACAUGUACCUGCACUCUGUAUUUUUGAGACAUCAUGAACUGCACACUAAUGUAAAAAUGUAAAAUAUUUCUAGAUUUAAAAUAAAUUCACUGUACAAUUUUA